AGGGUGUGUAUCCGCAAUGACAACAGGAAGAGGUUGCGUACUGGUAUAAUCUCUCACUGAUUUAUAUACUAUUCAUCUCUUAGCUGACAGUUCGACCGACGCGUAUGAUUGUAUAGAAGAAGGAACUCAUGACUGCGGCUUUAAUCGAUACUCGCCGAGAUUACGGCUCCUGAGAAGGCCUGAGCUCGGUCUCACAGCGCCUGUCCUUGCCGACAUCCAGACGAGCGUUCGUGCAGCUGGACGCCGUGGACUAUUUAUAGGAAAAGUCGGUAAAAUACCCGGAACAUCAAACAUGCCGGGUCUAACGUGAAGGCUGACGUUUUUCUGUAAUGCUGCUGUAUCCAGCCUGAACCAUGAACUCCGUGUCUCCCAAUGGUGUUCAGUACGUGGUGGGCGCUGGAGCUCACGAUGACAGGCCCUCGGCCCAGUCCCGACACCACAACGGCCACGGGCCAGUGCCUGACGCCAUCAGAGAAGAGCCCGAUGAAGUGGAUCGCCUGAAAGCCAAAUUCAUUUCGGCCUGGAACAACGUCAAAUAUGGCUGGACCGUGAAAUCUAAAACUACCUUCAACAAGACCUCCCCUCUGUUCCUCCUGGGUCAGUCUUAUCUGUUCAAUAGUGAAGACGAGGUGGAGCGUUUCCGGCAGGUGUUUGUGUCGUGCGUGUGGCUCACCUACAGGAGGGAGUUUCCUCAGCUGGAGGGAUCGAGUCUGACCACAGACUGUGGCUGGGGCUGUAUGCUGCGCAGUGGACAGAUGCUGCUGGCACAGGGGUUACUGCUGCACCUUCUGCCCACAGACUGGAGGUGGUCGGACUGUCAUCCGCUGUCAGACGUUGAUUUUGAGGUGCUGAAGCCCCGCUCUCCUUCCCGCCCGGCUGGCAUGUCCCUGCCUUCCUUUAGUUCUUCCUGGACCACCCCCGUUUCCCAGCGGGACCCCGGCUCUGGCAGUGCUGAGGGUCACAGACGGACCCCUGAGCAAUGCCCUGCAGCCAGAGCUGACCCUCAGGAGGAGGCGUUACACAGGAAGUUGGUGUCCUGGUUUGGAGACCAUCCCUCGGCUCCGUUUGGAGUCCACCAGCUGGUGGAGCUGGGAAAGGAGUCCGGGAAGAGGGCAGGGGAUUGGUACGGCCCAUCCGUAGUGGCACAUAUGCUGAGAAAAGCAGUGGCUAGAACCCCUGAGUUUCACAGCCUUGCUGUAUACGUGGCUCAGGACUGCACGGUGUAUAAAGGAGAUGUCGUGGGGUUGUGUGAGUCCGGCGGCACAGGAUGGAAAUCAGUCAUCAUUCUAGUGCCAGUGCGGCUCGGAGGAGACUCCUUAAACCCCUCUUACAUUGAGUGUGUUAAGAACAUUCUCAAGUUAAACUGCUGUAUAGGUAUUAUUGGAGGGAAACCCAAGCACUCUCUGUUUUUUAUUGGCUUUCAAGAUGACCAGCUCUUGUAUCUAGACCCACACUACUGUCAGCCGGUGGUGGACGUCACCCAAGGCAACUUCUCCCUGGAGUCUUUUCACUGUAACUCGCCCAGGAAGAUGAACUUCAGUCGUAUGGAUCCCAGCUGUACCAUCGGGUUCUACGCACAGACGAAGAAAGACUUUGAGACGUUGUGCUCAGCGGUCAGUGAUGCUUUGUCGUCGUCUAAAGAGAAGUACCCCAUCUUUACAUUUGUGGAGGGCAUGGGACAGAGCUACGGACUGGAGGGGCAGAGCGCCGACUCCAUGGACGGUCCUGCAAACAUUUUCUCAUGCAACAGAACGAGUAGGAACAAUAAGAGAGGAAGCACAGAUGAGUUUGUGCUCCUGUGAGGACGUACGGCGUGCGACACAGACUGCACUGAACUUCAUGAAACUGCUGUUCCUCGCGUAUGAAUAUAACGUUGAGAAUCUCUGUCUACGUCAUGUUUCAGAACCAACAAUUUAUGUGUUGCAUUUAGGAAAAUGUGUAUUUUUAGAAUUAUUUUCAUGAGUUAAACACCUUUUUCCACCUAUUUAUCAUUACCGCAAUGCCAAAAACAAAGCAAAAAAGCUACAUUAUUGAAAUGUAGACUGUCUUUAUGGCAAGUUUUAGUUGAUUUUAAUUCACUGCAUUACAGUAUAAGCAUGUUUUGCAUUAUGGUGAUAAAAUGUAAGAGGUGUAAAAAUGUAAUAAUUCUAAAAAUAUGGUUUAUUUUCUGUAUGCGUACUAUAAUUUUGGGGUGACACCUACAUUUCUUCGGUAAAUUAGAUGUACAUUAUAAAUGAUUAGGUCAAUUUUCACCACCAAUUCGGCCUCAUACACACUGAGGUUUUACUUCCUCCUGUUUGUCUCACACACUGAACACAUGGUCCUGCUGGUGUGUCGCUCUUUAUGAAGGUAAACGGGUACUCUACUCUGAGACUGUGCUCUAUAACAGGGAUUAUGGGUCAUUUCGACUUUGAGAAAACCUCUGGUUGCUGUAUGGUAUGCCUGUAUGGUAUCUAAGUCGUGUAUAUUGUAAAUAUCAACUGUGUGUUUUUGUUUGAAGUCGUUGUGUUUCGUUUGUCAUCAGUUUACAGCUUUCUCUUAUUUAAAUGUAUAUUUAAUGGGGAAUCACGGCCGUUGUACCUCUGGGAGUUUGAUGCUGGAAGCUGUCUGAAUAUUUGAUGUCUGGUUUGCUUUUGCUUGUUCAGGUCAAACAAAUUAUCUGUUACUGUUCAAUCUUAUUUAAGCUGUUAAUUUUAUUUUUACAUCGUCUGUGGAUGCACCGAAUGAAGCUGAACUGCUGUCACUGUUUGAACAAUCGGUAUUUAAUUAUAAUAGAUAUUUGAUUGUAUAUUUUUUUUUUUUUGGAUUCUCUCUCUUGAACAUAUAUGCUCAAAAGGACCAGUGGACAAGAGGGUGAAUUACCUCUGUAUGAAUUUUUUUUCUUUUUUUUUUUUUCAGAUUUGGAAUUAAAUGUAAGAGAGAAGUAAAUUG